UCACGCCAAGUAAUGAACUCCCGCCAAAACCCAAAAAACAAAAAAACAAAAAAAAAAAAAACCAACUACUUCUCCAAAGCCAACUUUACUGCUUUGUCAAAUGAGCAGAACUUGCAGAGAGAUUGAGCGCAAGAUCUUGACCCUUCUUCACGGCCACAAUACCCGAACCCAGCUCAAACAAAUCCACGGCCAUUUCCUUCGCCAGGGUUUUCACCAACUCAACCAUGUCCUUGCCCAUUUCGUUUCCGUUUGUGGGUCUCAAAACAAAAUGGCCUAUGCAGAUCGUGUUUUUUCACAGUUCCAAAAUCCCAAUAUAUUCCUCUUUAAUGCAAUGAUCAAAGGAUACUCUGUGUGUGGACCCUUUGAAGAGUCGCUGAGUUUGUUUUCAGCAAUGAGAUAUCGAGGCAUUUGGCCUGAUGAGUAUACUUUUGCGCCUUUGCUCAAGGCUUGUUCCAAUCUUCUAGACCUUAAACUUGGCCAAUGCGUUCAUAAGGAUGUUAUAGUUGCUGGUUUUGAGUGUUUUAGCUCUAUACGAGUUGGGGUUGUGGAGUUGUAUACGUCUUGUGGGAUAAUGGAGGAUGCGGAGUACGUGUUUGACAAAAUGCCUGAUAUAGAUGUGAUUAUUUGGAAUUUGAUGAUUAGUGGUUACUGCAAAAGAGGAGAUGUUGAUAUGGGUCUGCAUUUGUUUAGGCAGAUGAGCGAGCGGAGCAUUGUUUCCUGGAAUACCAUGAUUUCAUGCUUGGCGCAGAGUGGACGAGAUAGAGAAGCUUUGGGACUUUUUCAUGAAAUGCAGGAUCAGGGUUUUAAGCCAGAUGAGGUAACAGUGGUGGUAAUUUUACCUAUUUGUGCUCGUUUAGGAGCUAUUGAUGUGGGUCAAUGGAUUCAGUCUUAUGCUGAGUCAAGUGGGCUUCACCGAAAAUUUGUGUCUGUAGGCAAUGCAUUGGUGGAUUUUUACAGUAAAUGUGGUAGUUUGGAGACUGCUAGAAGAGUGUUUAAUGACAUGCCUCAAAAGAGUGCGAUUUCAUGGAAUGCAAUGAUCUCAGCUAUGGCUUAUAAUGGCAAGGGUGAACUUGGGGUAGACUUGUUUGAGGACAUGAUAACCACAGGCAUCAGCCCUAAUGAUGCAACCUAUAUAGGGGUUUUAUCUUGUUGUGCACAUGCAAGGUUAGUAGAAAAAGGGAUGGAUUUGUUUGCUUCAAUGACUUUAAAUCAUCAAAUUGAGCCAAAACUUGAGCAUUAUGGAUGCAUGGUUGAUCUCCUUGGGCGCUGUGGAUGGGUCAGGGAGGCCUAUAAUUUGAUUAGAAGCAUGCCUGAGAAGCCAAAUGCUUCUUUAUGGGGUUCUUUGCUUAGUGCUUGUCGUACUCAUGGUCAUAUGGAGCUUGCACAACUUGCAGUAGAAGAGCUUAUUAAUCUAGAACCAUGGAAUUCUGGUAAUUAUGUGUUGUUAUCAAAUAUGUAUGCAGCAGAAGAGAGAUGGGACAAAGUGGAGAAGGUGAGAGCAUUGAUGAAGGAGAGGAGCGUCAAGAAAGAGCCAGGGCAGAGUGCAAUUAGAUACUGAUAUUUGCUGAUUUUAUUAACUUAUUCCCUUCGUUCACCUCCGUGCAUAGCUCCAUGCAUGAUAUUAGCCUCUCCUAUCCAUCUUAAUCUUUGUUUUCCUCAUGAUUUUGGUAGAUUAAAGAAGCCAGAUACUAUUGAUUGACUAUAUAUUGAGGAAGAUACGUGUACUCUUGUUUAUAAGGUGGAUAAAUUAUGAAACCCAUCAGUCACUUAUAAUCAACAUAUCAGAAACAAUUAGUAAGUGGCUCAUCGAGUUUUGUGGAAACAAGAGCUAAACCCUGUUCAUGGGUUUGGAUUUGAAAAAUAUCAGCCUGACCAAUGAGAAUGUGAACCGCCAAGUGAAUUGAAAAAGUUACAAGAAAGUAACACAAGUGAAAGCAAGGAAGCCAAGGAAGUAGGCCAAUCUGUAUGCACUGCUUGUUUCACCUUCUAUGUAUCUUGUCACAUUGAAGUCUCCUAUACAGCACAAAAUAUUUUAACUGUUAAAAGGGAAUUAGUGAAAAAUCAAGAUGGAGAAGAAAAGAGAUACCUCUAAGACUGCUAUAGCUGCAGCCUGCGUUAAGGACAUAUCUGAUAUCUCUUACAGUAGCUCUAUUGUAGAAUAGGAAAUCAGACAAAAUAUUGUUAAUACAAGAAAGGAUUGCUUGUGUCUCAGUUAA